AUUUUGGGAGAAAAUAAACUUUCAGGAUUAAAGUGAUAAAAGGUCGAUACUUAAAUAACUAAUUACUAAAUUUAGCAUGAUUUCAUUUACAACCCCGCAUCUUCCCUCUUCUCCAUUUUCAACCCUUCUCAGCGCUCAGCCUUACCUGUCCGGCACAAUCUCCCCGGACUUUAAUUCCGGCGGUUUUUGAUCCGUGAAGAAACCCACCAGCUCGAGAUCCCAAAUCAUAUCUGACAAAAUCCCUUUCUGGUGCUGUUUCGUUUUCCUUCUCCUUGCCUUUUUGAACCAUUAAUCCGCAUCUAAUUUUCCAUUACAUUUGAUAGUUUUUAGUUUUCUAGUUCUUGUAGAUGUUUCUCAAAUUCUGAGUUACACUAAACCCCUCCCCUGUGUAGUACUGGCGCCUCUGCUCUUCCAUUUUCGCAUUUCUAACUUGGGGUUUUGUUCUUAGGCUCAAAAUUGCAUGCUUUCAUUUCAAUCCCACUAUCCUAUUUGUCAUUUUGUUUUUCACAUUUCUGAAACACAGUCCUCUUUCAGUAUUUCUGAAUUCUAGCCUGAUAAUUGUAGCUAAGCCAUCUUAAUAUCCAGAAAUUUUAUUAUAUUACUGCAGUGCUUCCCCGUAUACCAUUUGCCAAGAUGCAGUGUUUAUACAGCAGCCUCCGCAUAUUCUAUAGAACCCCAUUGGCGAAUUCACUAUGUACUUGUGUCCCUUGCUCCAAAUUAUUUGUUGACGGUCUCUUCUCUAAACCUUUUUAUCUUUUUUUUUUUUUGUAUUUUAUUUUAUAGGAGACAAAUUUGUGUAAGUUGAAAGCUUCCAUUUUUUUUUUUUCACUUUAUUCUCUCCACAACCAAAUGGUGGCAUUCUGCUUCCUGUAAUGGUUGAGGAAAUGUUUGAAAGAUAGUGUUUUUAUACUUUUAUUGAGUUGCUGUCGGCUUCCCAGUAAUCAGUAUUUGCUCUAGGUGGAAGAUGGAAUUUCUGCAAAGUGGUUCUCUUUCUUUUAGAGGUUAAUACAGUGAACUGUAUCCAUAGUUUAAAGGAGUAUAGUAUUUGUCUUGACAAGUUGAAACCUUUGCAUGCGCUGUUUCUGAUACAUUAAUGGGUAUGCUGCUUUCCAAGAAUUUAAAAAUUGAAAUGAAUUCAUGCAAGUCAU